AACUUUACAGGAUUUUCACGUUGGUUCUUGUUAUUGCUGAAUAAACAGGAUUGGAAACCAGACAGUAACAGAGCAGCAGAAGGAGGAGAGGAACACACACACAAAGACAGGAAUGAACACUCGAUCAGACCCCAACUCCUCAGCCCGCAAGAAGCUGGUCCUGAAAGACAUUAAGAGAGGUCUGCUGGAGGAUGAGGACCUGAAGUUCAUGCAGAAAGGCAGCAAGUUACAGAAGAUCAGGUCCCGGAUGUGGACGAAAUAUCGUCGGUUUCGGCUGCUGGAGGACGGACUGACCGUGUGGUGUGAGAGCAAGUCCAUGAAGAAGUCCGGCAUGACCACGUUCUCGGUGAUGGAGAUCCAGUCUGUGCGUGAGGGCCACCAGUCGGAGGUGAUGCGGAAACACGGUCGGGGUUUCUCGGAGCAGCAGUGCUUCACCAUCGUGUUCCAGGGCAACCGCACUAACCUGGACCUGGUGGCCGGGACCCUGGAGGAGAGGAGACGCUGGGUCCGGGGGCUUCACAAACUGAUGGCCCGAGCGGCCGGCAUGAGCCAGCGCGAGAAACUGCACCACUGGAUUCACGAGUACCUGCGGAGGGCAGACGCCAACAAGGACAAGAAGAUGAGCCUCGAGGAGAUCAAAGACCUCCUGAAGCUGAUCAACAUCGAGGUUUACGAGGAGUACACGCUGCUGCUCUUCAAGCAAUGCGACAGGUCCAAGAGCAGCAAACUGGAGGAGCACGAGAUCGAGGAGUUCUGUCAGCUGCUGAUGCAGAGGCCGGAGCUGGAGGAGAUCUUCAACUAUUACUCGGGCGAGGACCAGAUUCUGGCCGUCAGGGAGAUCAGCAACUUCCUGAAGGAGCAGAAGGAGGUCCCCAGCGAGGAGAACGCCGUGGAACUCAUCGAGAGAUUUGAGCUCAAUGAGAAAGCGAAACAGAACCAGCUCCUGACCCAGGACGGGUUUGUGAUGUACAUGCUCUCGCCGGACGGCAACAUCUUCAACCACAGCCAUGACCUGAUCUACCAGGACAUGGGGCAGCCCCUCAGCCACUACUUCAUCUCGUCCUCGCACAACACCUACCUGAUGGAGGACCAGCUGGGAGGACCCAGCAGCACUGAGGCUUAUAUCAGAGCGCUGUUGCGAGGCUGUCGCUGUGUGGAGCUGGACUGCUGGGACGGAGCUAACGGGGAGCCCGUUGUGUACCACGGACACACCCUCACCUCCAAAAUCCUCUUCAAGGACGUGGUCACAGCCAUCCGCGACUACGCCUUCAAGACGUCCCCCUUCCCCCUCAUCCUGUCGCUGGAGAAUCACUGUGGGGUGGAGCAGCAGACGGUGAUGGCUCGACACUUCACCAACAUUCUGGGCAAGUUGUUGGUCACCGGCCCAGUUGAUGACAAAGAGCCCGAGGAGCUGCCCUCACCCGAGGAGCUCAAAGGGAAGAUUGUGAUAAAGGGGAAGAAGCUGACCGCCUCGGGGGACGUGGACGAGGAGACGGCGGAGGAAGAUAAUGAGAAGAAGAAGGAGGCGAAGCUGUCCCAGGAGCUGUCUGACCUGGUGGUUUAUUGCCAAGCCGUCCACUUCCACAGCUUUGCUGCCUCCCGCACCGAGGGCUCAGUCACGCAAAUGUCCUCCUUCGGAGAGAGUAAAGCCAAGAAGCUGAUCUCCGAAUCGGGGAAAAGCUUUGUCCAAUACAACGCCAGGCAGCUGAGCAGGAUUUAUCCGUCCGGAACCCGCUUCGAUUCUUCGAACUACAAUCCUCAGGACAUGUGGAAUGCCGGCUGUCAGCUCGUUUCCCUGAAUUUCCAGAAGUGCGGAGCGGAGAUGGACCUGAACGAGGGAAGGUUCCGGCAGAACGGUCGCUGCGGUUACGUGCUGAAGCCGGACUUCAUGAGGAGCAGCGACUCCGCAUUUAGCCCACAAAGCCCGUGCCGGGGGCGGCUGGACAGGAGACAGCUGGUCAUUGAUGUGAUCACAGCUCAGCAGUUGCCCAAAGUGAACAAGACCAAGAAGAACUCCAUCGUGGACCCGCAGGUGAGGGUGGAAGUUCACGGUGUUCCCGAGGACAACGCGUCCGGAAAGACGGGAUACGUGACGAAUAAUGGCUUUAACCCGGUGUGGAACGAGGUGCUGAGGUUCGGGAUCAGCGUUCCCGAGCUGGCGCUGAUCCGCUUUGUGGUGGAGGAUUACGACACGGCCAGCAGCAACGACUUCAUCGGGCAGUUUACCCUCCCGUUCACCAGCGUCCAGCAAGGCUAUCGCCACGUCCACUUACUGGCCAAGGACGGCACCUCCCUCUCGCCGGCCACCCUGUUCGUCCGGAUCAGGAUUAAGAGCGAGUAGACCGGAGACGGUGACUGAGUCACUGCGGUCGGGUGGAGACCUGGGUGCACAGGUCUAUCGUGCUGGGAGGCUGAGGUCCUGCCUCAGGCACUGGCCUGGGAUGAAGCUCGGAUUUUCAGACACAGGAGAAGCUUUCCGUCCCUGAAUUCGGCUCCAGUUGAGCCUCAAGAGCCGGGUCGUAACCCAGAAUCCGUCCCAACUCCCAGCAGAUCUGAAGCUUUUUAGACUUUUAAUCCGCGAAACAUUUUUAUAUCCACAGACAUCGAAUGUCCCAACUUUUUAAGCGCGCGCGUGUGUGUAUGUGGGGGGGGAUGGGGGAGGGAGGGUCACUUCUCGUCCCGUCAAACUUUUACAUCACAGAAAGAAACCAUUUCAGCCCCAUUGAAGCUCCCAUCUGCUCGCGCUCUUUACCCCACACCCCUUAUUUUAUGUAUUUAAUCUAUUUAUCUAAUUCCCCGCUGAAAGCUAUUAUGGUUUUGGCCGAGUGUUCUGAGGCCCUAAUCACCUUCCCUGAAGGAAACGCCUACAAAUACCCUUUGCCUUAUUCUGUUUGGGUAACGACAACGCGCACUUGUUUUGUUGCAUCCGUUCGUGCACCUUAGUAAAGUUUCGGCUCGAACCGCGUGGGCGCAGGAACCCCCAUCACAGACGCGGGCUCGGUACUCGGUAACGAGUUGGUGUUUUGAGUCUGUAAUUUAGGGGAAGAAACUUCGCCUUUUUUGAUUGGAAUAACGUAGAAUUAUUGCGCUAAGUCCGUGAGGUGACGAAGCCAAUGUCCUAUCUCUCCUCGAGCGAGACUCGCGCGUGUUUUUUUUUGUGUGUGUGUGUGUGCGUGCGUGCGCGUGCGGUACGCAAUCUUGUGCGGUUGAGCACGUUUGCCAUAUAAUUGUCGCAUCUGUUACAGAAGCCUCGUCGCCGCUCGAAAGGUCACAAAGUGCUUCCCAGUUAAUAAGCGGAGGUGCGGGGACUGUCUGCCGGCCAACGCGCUGCCCUGAUGAACGGGUUCGCACCUCCGGCCGGAACGGAGACAGCCGUUGGCGGACUGUCGGCCGGGACCGCGCCGCGACCCGUCCACUCUCUCCUGCGGAACAGCGCGGCGGCCGGAACCUUUUAACGUCCGCCCGGUCCCGGCGCGAGGCGGGACCUCGGGUUUAUUUGACCGCUCGCGUUCCAUGUAUUAUUCCGCAAAUAAACGCACCGAACUGCA